AUGGUGAAAUGUAAUUCGGAAAAAGUUCGGCACAUACGCCAUUCGCUUAUUCCGAAAGUCAAUAAAUGUAGAGGCACUAUUUUUAUAUCUAAUAAUAAUGAAGUUGGUGAGAUACAGCAAUAUGUUGAAGAGAAUUCUUUGCCCCUGAAUAAAGUACAUAAUCGAGGUGUUGAGCAGGCAAUAAAUAUGGAAAGUUGUACAGACGAUAGGUGGCGAGCUUAUUGA